UUGACUUCCGUCUGUUUUUAACACCUUCCUAUCCAUGGUGGUGUCUAGACUUGUGGAGAACUAAAACUAUUUUGUAGGUGUUCGCCAUGUCUUACAACUACGUGGUUACAGCGCAGAAACCAACGGCUGUCAAUGCCUGCAUUACAGGCCACUUCACCUCUGCUGAAGACCUGAAUCUGCUCAUAGCGAAAAACACACGGUUGGAAAUCUAUGUUGUCACUGCAGAGGGGCUCAGGCCCGUUAAAGAGGUGGGCAUGUAUGGCAAGAUUUCUGUCAUGGAGCUCUUCAGGCCCAAGGGUGAAAGCAAGGAUCUAUUGUUCAUUCUCACGGCUAAGUACAACGCCUGCAUCCUGGAGUACAAACAGAAUGGAGAGAGCAUUGACAUUAUUACCCGUGCCCAUGGCAAUGUACAGGACCGCAUUGGCCGCCCGUCGGAGACGGGCAUCAUUGGUAUUGUGGACCCGGAGUGCCGCAUGAUCGGGCUGCGCCUGUACGACGGAUUGUUCAAGGUGAUCCCUUUGGACAGGGAGAAUCGCGAGCUGAAGGCCUUCAACAUCCGUCUGGAGGAGCUGCAGGUCAUCGACGUGCACUUCCUGUACGGUUGCCAGGCACCCACCGUCUGCUUCAUUUACCAGGAUCCACAGGGGCGCCAUGUGAAGACCUAUGAAGUAUCCCUAAGAGAGAAGGAGUUUAAUAAGGGGCCGUGGAAGCAGGAGAACGUUGAGGCCGAGGCCUCAAUGGUCAUCCCAGUCCCAGAGCCAUUUGGCGGUGCUAUUAUCAUUGGACAAGAAUCCAUCACUUACCACAAUGGGGACAAGUACUUGGCCAUUGCACCUCCUACCAUCAAGCAAAGCACUAUUGUGUGCCACAACCGCGUGGACCCUAAUGGCUCUCGCUACCUGCUGGGGGACAUGGAGGGCCGUCUGUUCAUGCUGCUUCUGGAGAAGGAGGAGCUGAUGGACGGGGCCGUGGUGCUCAAGGACCUUCGUGUGGAGCUGCUCGGAGAGACCUCCAUUGCAGAGUGCCUGACCUAUUUGGACAAUGGUGUUGUAUUUGUUGGCUCAAGACUUGGGGAUUCCCAGCUGGUUAAACUCAACGUGGACAGUAACGACCAGGGCUCAUAUGUGGCUGUGAUGGAGACCUUCACUAACCUGGGUCCCAUAGUGGACAUGUGUGUCGUGGAUCUGGAAAGGCAAGGCCAGGGUCAGUUGGUGACCUGCUCAGGGGCAUUCAAAGAAGGAUCCCUCAGGAUCAUCAGAAACGGAAUUGGUAUCCACGAGCACGCCAGCAUCGACCUGCCCGGAAUUAAAGGAUUGUGGCCCCUGCGCUCUGAGGCUGGGAGGGAGACUGAUGAUAUGCUGGUGCUGUCUUUCGUUGGACAAACUAGAGUGCUGAUGCUCAGUGGGGAGGAGGUCGAAGAGACUGAGCUGCCUGGUUUUGUGGACAACCAGCAGACCUUCUACUGUGGCAACGUGGCGCACCAACAGCUCAUCCAGAUCACGUCGGGCUCUGUACGCCUGGUGAUGCAGGACAGCAAAGCCCUGGCCAGCGAGUGGAAGGAACCACAGGGCAGGAACAUCAGCGUGGCGGCCUGUAACUCGUCCCAGGUGGUGCUGGCCGUGGGCCGUGCCCUCUACUACCUCCAGAUCCUCUCUGGGGAGCUCAAACAGAUCAGCACCACAGAGAUGGAACAUGAGGUGGCCUGCCUGGACAUCACGCCCCUGGGGGAGGGAGGGGAGUCGCCCCUCUGCGCCGUGGGCCUGUGGACAGACAUCUCCGCCAGGGUCCUAAAGCUUCCCUGCUUCACUGCCCUGCACAAGGAAAUGCUGGGGGGAGAGAUCAUCCCUCGCUCCAUCCUGAUGACCACGUUCGAGGGCAGCUACUACCUGCUGUGUGCCCUGGGCGACGGAGCUCUCUUCUACUUCGGCCUGGAUCUGCAGACAGGUGUCCUAAGCGAGCGUAAGAAAGUGACCCUGGGCACCCAGCCCACAGUGCUGCGCACCUUCCGGUCUCUCUCCACCUCCAAUGUGUUCGCCUGCUCCGACCGGCCCACCGUCAUCUACUCCAGCAACCACAAGCUGGUCUUUUCCAACGUCAACCUCAAGGAGGUCAACUACAUGUGUCCGCUGAACUCGGAGGGCUACCCUGACAGUCUGGCACUUGCCAACAACAGCACUCUAACCAUCGGCACCAUCGACGAGAUUCAGAAGCUCCACAUUCGCACUGUCCCCCUCUACGAGUCUCCCAGGAGGAUCUGCUAUCAGGAGGUGUCACAGUGUUUUGGGGUGCUGUCUAGCCGAGUUGAAAUGCAGGACGCCAGUGGAACCACCUCGGCCGUUCGCCCCAGUGCGAGCACUCAGGCCCUGUCCAGCAGUGUGAGCUCCAGCAAGCUGUUUCCAAGCAGCACCUCCCCCCAUGAAACAUCCUUUGGAGAGGAAGUAGAGGUUCACAGCCUCCUCGUGGUUGACCAGCACACCUUUGAAGUCCUCCAUGCCCACCAGUUCCUCCAGAGUGAGUAUGCCCUCAGCAUGGUCUCAUGCAAACUUGGCAGAGACCCGGCGGUCUACUUCAUCGUUGGCACUGCCAUGGUGUACCCGGAGGAGGCGGAGCCCAAGCAGGGCCGGAUCAUCGUCUUCCACUACACUGACGGUAAGCUGCAGACAGUCGCAGAGAAAGAGGUGAAAGGAGCGGUUUACUCUAUGGUGGAGUUCAAUGGCAAACUGCUGGCAAGCAUUAACAGCACAGUGCGUCUGUAUGAGUGGACGGCAGAGAAGGAGCUGCGCACCGAGUGCAACCACUACAACAACAUCAUGGCCCUGUACCUGAAGACUAAAGGAGACUUCAUCCUGGUGGGAGACCUGAUGAGGUCUGUGCUACUGCUGGCUUAUAAGCCCAUGGAGGGCAACUUUGAGGAGAUAGCACGUGAUUUCAAUCCCAACUGGAUGAGCGCCGUCGAGAUCCUGGAUGAUGACAAUUUCCUGGGGGCAGAAAACGCCUUUAACUUGUUUGUGUGUCAGAAGGACAGCGCUGCCACCACAGACGAGGAGCGCCAGCACCUGCAGGAAGUGGGCGUGUUUCACCUGGGCGAGUUUGUCAAUGUCUUCUCCCACGGCUCGCUAGUGCUGCAGAACCUCGGCGAGAGCUCCACCCCCACCCAGGGCUCUGUGCUCUUUGGCACAGUCAAUGGCAUGAUCGGUCUGGUAACCUCCCUGUCAGAGGGUUGGUACAGCCUCCUCCUGGACCUGCAGAACCGCCUUAACAAGGUCAUCAAGAGCGUGGGCAAGAUCGAGCACAGCUUCUGGAGGUCAUUCCACACAGAGCGCAAGACUGAGCAUGCUACGGGUUUCAUCGACGGUGAUCUGAUUGAGAGCUUCCUUGACUUGGGCCGAGCUAAGAUGCAAGAGGUGGUCAGCAGUCUACAGAUUGAUGAUGGCAGUGGCAUGAAGAGAGAGGCGACAGUGGAUGAAGUCAUCAAGAUCGUGGAAGAGCUGACGAGGAUUCACUAGCCCCACACCCGGACCCCACGGGUCAGGCACACAAUGUGCUGGGGUGAGAGGGGAGACGCUCGUGGCUCUGUAAAUAAUUAUAAAUAAAAUCCAAGUGUGUGCAUGUCCGUCCUUCGAACCUCAAUGAAUGGACACCUUUUAAUAUCUAAAGGUGCUAAUCACACGCAUACAUAAUUUGAAUUUGAAGACCCCUUUGGACAAGAUGGCUGGCAUCCUGUAUGCUAACUCAGAGGCAAACAAAGGGAUUGGUCAGCGUGUGAUUGUAGGUCGGUGUGUGCUAAUGUCGUAAGACUCCCUACGGAUCUUUGUAUUAGGCUUUAAUUAUAGGAAAACCUUUGAGCUCCACCAAAAUGUUCAAUAAAGUUUGAUGGAACAAUCACUGUAGUGACAGAAGAUGAAACUCUUAAACCGACAUUCGCUGAGUAGAACUGUUUGGAGAACAUAAUGGCUAAGGAAGGAUGGAAGGAAACACAAAAGAUUCUUAGCUUUUUGUCUUUGUCAAGUUCUCCAUGUUUCUUUUAAAUAAAGUUUGCUUUAGUACUGUG